UGUGAAUCGAUUGCUAUAACAGUCGCUGCAUCGCCGUUGUCUAGAAUUGUCGUUCCCAUCCUCGCCAUGUCUCGAGUGACCCUCCUUUCAAUCCUCAUCUCAAUCCUCACUCUGAUCUCAGGUUCACCUGUUAUCAAUAAUGAUGUGGAUCAGAAUGCGAAGAAUAUUUAUCCAACGGUCGAAAUGGGAGAAAAAUCAAUCGAGCACAAAACUACAAGCCUUUUAACCGAAGCAUUACAAAUGAUCCACAAGACCAGAGAUUUCAAAGAGAGAAAAUGGCUGGAAUCUUUCGUUCAAAGGUUAGCGAAGUUGGCUUCUGAGUUGGAAGAAAAUUCUAAUAGUGAAGUCCAGAAUGAUAAUAAGCCAACCGGCCAGGAGAAAGCUAUAAGAUUACAAAACGAAAACGAAGUUUUAGUGAGUGGGAAAGAGAAGAUGCCAUUAGUGAAAAUUCCAAGUAGCACCGAAGUUGUUUAUUCCGAAUCACCGGUGGCUGCAAAUUUCGUCGAGAAAGAACUGGAUACAUUUAAUCCUCUUCAAAUAAAAGUGCCAGAGACCACCCCCGAAGCUGACAUGAUAUCACGUCGCGUCGUACCUUUGGAAACGUCAUCGGCCACAGACCAACCAAAUCCGACAACUCAUUCGGAAACAUUGAAUCGUGUAGGCUUACAACGUCAGAUAUUAGAAAAGAAUGAACUGUUAAAGGAAAUUUUCAAUAAGAUACAAAAACUGAAAGAAAUUGGAGGAUCCCAACAAGAUGUUAUAAAUCUAUUGAAGAGAAGCGAUGAGAAUGAAUCUCCCUCGACCAUAAAUGAUCAAGAAGAUAUUGAAUUUGAAGAAGAAGGUGCAGCAACCGGAGAAUUAGAAGCGGAUAUGUCUGAUAUCAGUACGUUAGCACCUUCUUUGGGUCAUGUGACAAGUAAUACUUUAUCCACAUCGAGAAAGCCAGAGGAAGAUGAUUUAGUCAAGCAGUUAGAAGGAGAAAAAUUUCUUCUGGUAAAUCCAGACGAGCGCGGAAAGGAUGAAGAGGUCCUCAGGAGGAUUAAUGGACUAGUGGCUCCAUCUGUUGUCUGAAAAAAAAUUCUAGCCAAACUACGUUAAUAGUAGUGUUAAUUAAAACUAGUGAUUUCUAGACUGUAAUUUCAUCGCCCGACAAUAGAUGGUGCAAGCGUUUUCCGCCCAUUGAGUUAUAAAGAACGCGAGAUGAUUACAUAUCGCCCUUCGGGGUCAUUUCUCCCCUUAAACAUUUCUCUUAAAUAGAAAUAGCAUUUAGAAAUAGCGAUUCUACACAUUAAUCCAAUCAGAUCUAUUUAAUGGCGUCGAGACAAUAAAAAGAUUUCAUUGGUUUAUUGUGAUCGAAUUAUUCUAUAUCAUGGACACUUUUAAAAAUAACCUAGAGGGCCCUUCAAAUAACAAACAACGAAGCCAAAUCAUCUCGCAUGGAUAGGUGUCAUGUGAUCUUAUCGUAGCCAAUAAAUCCGAAAUGAUGUAUGACGUCAUCAAUAAAGUAUUGAUUGUUGAGAGAAAAAUAUGUAUUUUAUUUCCUAUAUUUUAAUUCCGCAUUUAUAGCAGCAAUGAACUUUCUUUUAAAUA